AUGCACUACACCAGCCUCAGAUAGAUAUGGAUGUCUACGGAGGUAUACAUACAAUCUGAGUCCUGCCUGCCUAAAUAAUAUUUUAUUCUAAUAAAUGUAACAUUAAAACUGAACAACCCACUCACCAAUGAGUUUCAGUCAUCUGCUUCUUGCUCUAGUCAGACAUUAGAGAUAGUCAUUUAAGUUUUUUUUUCUAAUCUAGAAAAUGAGUCCCUCGGAUAUUAUUGAAAUCAUUAAAAGCAGUCUUCAUAUGAUUAUUAUCCAUGAGAAUCCAUGAAAAAAGUUUAUGUUUGCAGUCUGGUCUCAAAUCCCAGUCCAUUGUCUGGACGCUAGUGGCAAAUGUCUGACUCGACCUUUUAGAUGAGAACAUACCAUCAGGUGGCGCAAAGGGAUAUGUGACGAAUUUUUAAUAUUAAAGUCAUUAAUUUAUUUACAUGGCGGGAGGGAAGAACCAGCAUCAUGCUGGGAACGGGGAUGCCAUACAAUAGCAUUUAUAGCAUUUAUCAAGUCAAUUUAAGCUCUACACGGUGAAAAUCUGCCGAUGACAGGAAUCUGUAGCGCAGUCUGAGGAGAAAUUUAACUGAUUAAUAAGGCGGACGGACAGUGAUUCCGCUGAGUGUAUCCUAGUCACUGAUUUCGUCUUUCUGAGGAGCGAUUUUCGACUGCACGACUUACUGUAGACUAUAUCCCCCCUGAAGAUGGAGUUUGGGGAAAGGAAGAGGAGAAGGAAGUCACAGAGCUUUAAACUGGUCACGGAUGAAGAUUCUGACCCUUCAUAUAUGAUAAAUUCCAGCUGUAAAGAUGCCAACGGAGAGCCUAAGGAUGCUGCUGUGCCUGAUGUUUGGGUGGGGGAUGAGGGCAUGGAGAUCAAGAGGCAAAUCACAGGAAUGAUGAGGCUUCUGAGUGAGAAGACCGGCAGGGUAUAUCAGCGUGUGGGAACAGAGCAGGACAGCUUAACAAAGGAGCCCCAGGGUAGGCAUCUGACCUGGGUACAUCAGCCUGCACCUUUAUCUCUUGUAUCAGAGGACCACCACAGCAACAGCUGGAACUCUGCAGGGGACCCAGGACCUUCACCUUCAUCCAUAUCCACCCCCAUCCCCAACGGUCCAGGCUGUGGCCAGUACAGCACCCGCUCCAAAGCCAUGAGGAUCCUCAACAAUACCAAGGAUCUGAUCAAAGUGAAUGAUGAUGACGCAGAUGUAGUCCCUCCUGAUGUGCCAGAACCCCCCUGCUGUAUGUGUAACUGUAAGGGCACCUUGCAGGCUAUUUUGCAGGAAAUGCGCGCCAUGAGGAGGCUGAUGCAGACUCAAAAAGCAUCCUUAGAAAGACAGGAACAGGCAGCAUCACCAUGCCAACCUCGUCUUGGUCCAGGCCCCGCUCCUCGCUGUAGGCCCCGCAAGAGGAGGCCAAUCUAUAAAGUGGCACCACUCACUGUGUCUAGUAAUAGAAGAGCUGCUCUUGCCCCUCUGGAGGCAUCACCACUUAUAGCUGCACCUGCCGAAUCUGAAAAGAGAGAAGAAUGUGAGAAAGAGCAAGACUCGUCUACACCAAACACUCACCCCGUCUCCUCUGGGGUUUCUGUGCUGCCACCUCAGAGCAAUCCAGUAACUGCCAACAACACACACAAUCCACUCCUGAACCAACUAAGAAAACCCCACUUGCUAGAGUCUGAUGUGCGUCUUGCAGAGGAUUAUGACGUGUUUAUCUCAAAGGCUCAGCUAGACUCCAUUCUGGUCAACUAUACACGCUCUGGCAGCCUGCUGUUCAGGAAACUGGUGUGUGCCUUCUUUGACGAUGCUACCCUGGCUAACUCCUUACCAAAUGGAAAAAGGAAGAGGGGCCUGAAUGAUAACCGUAAGGGCUUGGACCAAAACAUCGUGGGUGCCAUUAAAGUGUUUACAGAGAAAUACUGCACUGAACACAGAAUAGAGAAGUUGCCCGGGCCACGAGAUUGGGUUCAGAUCCUUCAAGAUCAGAUCAAACUUGCCAGGAGGAGGCUGAAAAGAGAUGCUGCAGAAGCAGAAGAAGUCUUAAAUGGACCUUCCACAAGUUGUGACUAUAACAAACCUGCAAGUGUGAAGGGGACAGGGGCUAAUAUGACUGGCUGAUUCAAGGGCUGCCACAAUGGCCUUACUACAUAUUUGUUGACUGUCUUCAUUCCUCUAACUUGAUGCAUUUUGCCACUUUAGUUAUGGGUGUAAAGGGAAAAAAACAAUAGGACCAAAUGAAGGAGAAGCUUAGUCACUCUCUCUCUCUCUCUCUCUCUCUCUCUCUCUCUCUCUCACACACACACACACACACACACACACAGACACAGACACACAUACACUCCACCUUUUGUGGUGCUUAAGACUUUUCACUGGACACAUACUGGGAUCUGGGAUUUUGUGCCAAUAGAUAUUACUAUACACUUUAAAAAAAAUGUCAUUUCCAUGUUUAGGGGCGACUUACUGUUUACAUGACAGGCUACAAUUUUACUUGCCUAGUUCUCAUAUAUCAUUACUAGGAGACGUUUAAAAUGAGACAAAGUAAUGUAAUGGUAUAACAUUCAUAUAUUUUUCACAAAUUACUUUUCAAGAGAAGUUGUCCAUCGUGGAUUGUGCCUUUUAAGUGACCAAUACUUCAGUGGGUGUAAUGUGCAGCGCAGCAUCCACCUCAAUUAAAAAAACAUUACAUCCAAAAGUAAAUGUAUUUUUGGCCAAUUUUGCUUAUUAAGAAAUAGGUUGUUAGUCUACAUCUGGCUGAAAAUAUUAUAAAUUUACAGUAUUCUAUGAAUAGUUGUUUCCUUUAAUUAUUAGAAUCUCUGGGCUAUGCAUAUCAGUGCUAUUGUUGUUAAUAUUGUGAUGGAAUUACAGGCAUUUUCCUUUAAUUUUGGCUAACUGUGCAUAUGGAAUUAAUAGUUGUCUUCACCAUUAAAU